AUGACUGCUCUUUCCAUUGCAUCCCAAGGAACUAAGGGCCAACCCUCGAAGGCUGGAUCAGGCCGUCCUAUUUCAUCGGCGCGAACUUCAAACAUGUCAAUGCUAUCAUCCAACUCGUCUCGUUUCAAGAGUCGGAUUCCUCGCCCUACCUCUCAGGUGAUUGACCAAAAUCACACUUCAAGCACUGGUGCUCCCAGUCGUCCCCGUAGUGAGAAUGCGACGAACAAAUCAUCACUGCGCAAUCCCAGCCCAGUGACAUCUAAUCAGGUGAAAUCAGCAGCACACGAUCGACGAAUUUCUCCAGAUUGUCCUAAAUCCACUUCUCAGGUCAGUCGUUUCCCCCCACCAUCUUCCAAAGCAGAAGCUUCAAAUCGAAGUCACGCUCCUUCGCAGACCAAUGGAACUAUCAGAUCAUAUUCCACCAAACACUUAAAGAUUCCUACUCCGAUGGGCACAAGUAGCAUUGCUACUACUUCACUCCCUCCUCCCAAGGUCAAGGAAGUUCCCAUUCCCGGAAGUAGUCAACAUCUGAACAAUGGAGGUAAGUCACCCCAUUCAGUGGGCACCCACCAACUCAAGUCAGAGACUGAGAAAUCACAACAGAACGCUACCGUGGAGGAAGCCGGAGAAGUGACAGAUUCCCAGCAGGAGCAGGAAGUUCCGCCAUCAGGUGCGGCAAAAUCGAAGGACAGUGCAGUUAAGGACAAGGCAGGUGGUUCGAAGAGAUCCAAGAAGAAGUCGCGCGUGUCGAAGCGAACUAUCAAGAUGUUGAGAUGGUUUGCUUAUACUUGA